AUGGAUGAAGGGUACCAAGCUGAAUGGAGCAUAUUUCUUUUAGCAUGCAAUGUAUUGCACGAAACAAGGACUAGCUACAUUUUAGUUCAGUUUGGACAAGGGUACUAUAAUUUGAUGCACCCUUUUCUGCUCAGUACGGGUAUGGCACCAUUAUCGUCUGAUGUUGGGGAUUUUGCUGGACACAAGGAUACUUCCAAGAUUGUAGGACAAACUCUACUUAUAUCUUCUUACAAUCACCAAUAUCAUCCAGUUAUGCUGGAUAUGUACUUGUAA